AUGAAGGCCAACCAAAGCACCGAGGACCGCUUCCUCCUGCUGGGUUUCUCCGACGGGCCCUCCCUGCGGCCGGUCCUCUUCGCCUUGGUCCUCCUCUGCUACCUCCUGACCUUGAGCGGCAACUCGGCGCUUGUGCUGCUGGCGGUGCGCGACCCGCGCCUGCACACGCCCGUGUACUAUUUUCUCUGCCACCUGGCCCUGGUGGACGCGGGCUUCACCACCAGCGUGGUGCCGCCGCUGCUGGCCACCCUGCGCGGCCCGGAGCUCUGGCUGCCGCGGGACGGCUGCAUGGCCCAGCUGAAGCUGGCCUGCGCCGGCGACGGACUCGCCCCCGAGGGCCAGAUGUUCGCCGCCCGCGCGGUCAUCCUGCUGGUGCCGUCCGCCGUCGUCCUGGCCUCGUACGGCGCGGUGGCCCGAGCCGUGUGGGGCAUGCGGUCCGGCGGGGGCCGGAGGAAAGCCGUGCGCACGUGUGGGUCCCACCUGGCAGCCGUCUUCCUGUUCUACGGCUCGGCCAUCUACACCUACCUUCAGCCCACACACCGCUACAACCAGGGGCGGGGCAAGUUCGUUUCGCUUUUCUACACCGUGGUCACACCCGCGCUCAACCCGCUCAUCUACACCCUCAGGAACAAUGAAGUAAAGAGAGCGGCAAGGAGGCUUCUGGGAAGUCUAGGGAGAGGGCAGGCCGCACGGUGAGUGGGCUGGGGAGGGAAGA